AUGACCCUCAGCUCGAUCUCCGAGUCCCUGCUUCCCCAACCGCCCUCGUUCCAGAAGAAGAAGUGCUAUGAGAUCCACAAGGUCCUUGGCACUGGCACUUUCGGCAAGGUCAUGCGCGCGACAUGGCACGUCCCGCCCGGCCAGAUGAACGUCGCCCUCCGCGGCGCCGCCGCCUCCUCGGACACCACUCCCGCCUCGCCCGGCUCCAAGCCCUCCCCACCCGCGCGCACCCCCUCGACCUCCAACCUCAGCCCGUCCGCCCACAUCACCGCCUUCACCAAGUCAGCCAAGAGCGCCGCGUCCGCGGACGACUACACCGUCGAGGUCGCGCUCAAGGUCAUCCCGAAGAAGAAGGUGAAGGGGAACGAGAGCAGCGUCUGGGGCGAGAUGGAGGUCCUUCGCGGGCUCGACCACCCAAACAUCGUCAAAUUCUUCGAAUGGUUCGAGUCGCGGACCAAGUAUUACCUCGCCUUCGAGCUUGCGCAGGGCGGAGAGCUGUUCGAACGGAUCACGAAGAGGGGCAAGUUCACGGAGAGCGAUGCUGUAGCGGUCUUGCGGUCCAUCUUGUCCGGUGUCAAGUAUCUCCAUGAUCACGACAUUGUGCAUCGAGACUUGAAGCCAGAAAACAUCCUUUACCGCACACAUGACGAACACUCUGACAUCCACCUGCACUCACCGGAGGAACAGCUGCAUUCGCUCGCUGGCAGCUUCGGCUACGUUGCGCCUGAGGUGCUCAACAAGAAGGGCCACGGCAAGGCCGUCGACAUCUGGUCCACAGGGUCGGACGACAUGAAGGAGCUCAUCCGCGAGACGACCGCGGCGAAGAUCGAGUUCCACGAGCGCUACUGGUCCAACGUCUCCGCCGAGGCCAAGGACUUCCACCGCGUGCGUCCCGUCCCCUUUCUCCCUCUCCCUCUCCCCUCUCCUCGUCCGCUGACGGCGCCCGUGGGGCAGUGGCUCACCGAGCACGUCCCCUCGGACGAGCACGACAUCGGCACCGGCCUCCGCGAGCACUUCGACCCCAAGGCGCGCUGGCGCGCCGCGAUCGCGGGCGCCCGCGCGCUCCACCGCUUCAACUCGACCUCGUCCCGCACCUCGGUCUCCUCCGGCGGCUGGCGCGCCUCGACGCACGUCGACAGCGACGACGACGACGACGAGGAAGACGCCGUCGUCGAGCCGCGCCGCGCCGAGGACACGCCGCCGGACGACCCGGGCGAGAACGAGUACGUGAAGGUGACCGCGCCCGCGGAGGACUCGGACGCGUCCGAGCCGUCGUCCGCGCACGAGCUGCAGCACGAGGCGGACUCGGGCGCGCCCGCGCCGCUGCAGGCGGAGGUGCCGCCGGUGGUCGCGGAUCGCCCUCCAGUGCAGGCGCAGGAGGGCGCGGGCCCCGAGCCCGAGCCCGCGCAGGAGCAGGACGGGCGGGUGACGCCGGAGCUGUCGAUGCCGGGCUCGUUCGACGUGCCGGCCGCGCCGGCGGACGCGCACCACCACCACUGGGAGGGUGGGUGGAUGGGCCUGUUCAAGAAGAUGCACAUCCGGCAGUAA